AUGCCAGGAAUAAUCGGGCCCUCGGAAUACUCGGAGGAACCAACUCGGCACCCUUCUCUCAAGGUCAACGCAAAGGAGCCCUUCAAUGCUGAGCCUCCGCGGUCUGCCUUGGUUUCCUCUUAUGUCACUCCCGUCGAUCUUUUCUACAAACGAAAUCACGGCCCCAUUCCCAUUGUCCACGACCUUCAAAGCUACUCCGUGGCCGUCACCGGAUUGAUCGACAACCCAAGAAAGCUGUUUAUGAAAGAUAUCAGAUCCCUGCCAAAGUACAAUGUUACUGCUACUCUACAGUGUGCCGGCAACAGAAGGACUGCCAUGAGCAAAGUCAGGACUGUUAGAGGAGUUGGAUGGGAUGUUUCUGCUAUUGGCAACGCUGUCUGGGCCGGGGCCAAAUUGGCGGAUGUUCUUGAGCUCUUUGGGAUAGCAAAGCUGACAUCUUCGACCAGUUUAGGAGGCAAACAUGUUGAGUUUGUUAGUGUUGAUCGCUGUAAGGAAGAGAAUGGGGGGCCUUACAAGGCGUCCAUCCCUUUAAGUCAAGCCACGAAUCCUGAAGCUGAUGUUCUGCUCGCUUAUGAGAUGAAUGGAGAGACGCUGAACAGGGAUCACGGAUUCCCGUUAAGGGUGGUGGUCCCAGGUGUGAUUGGUGCUCGUUCGGUCAAAUGGCUUGAUUCCAUCAACGUAAUCGCUGAGGAAUGCCAGGGAUUCUUCAUGCAAAAGGAUUACAAGAUGUUCCCACCCUCUGUCAACUGGGAUAAUAUCGACUGGUCUUCAAGGAGGCCGCAAAUGGAUUUCCCUGUCCAGAGUGCAAUCUGCUCCUUGGAGGACGUGCAAAUGGUGAAGCCUGGAAAGGUAAACAUCAAAGGAUAUGCGGUUUCAGGAGGUGGGCGCGGGAUAGAGCGAGUGGACAUCUCCCUCGACGGAGGUAUCAACUGGACGGAAGCUUCGAGAACCCAGACACCAGGAAAGCAUUACAUCUCAGAGCACGAGUCGAGUGACAAAUGGGCGUGGGUUUUGUUUGAAGCCACCGUUGAUGUUUCGCAGACCACUGAGGUCAUCGCCAAAGCGGUGGAUUCGGCGGCGAAUGUUCAGCCAGAAAAUGUGGAGUCAGUGUGGAACCUAAGAGGGGUGCUCAACACCUCGUGGCACCGUGUCCUUCUCCGCCUUGGCCACUCUAACUUGUAG